AUGAUGACGACGAGCUGCGCCACGCUGAAUAAGCGUCCACCCUUCCCUGCACGUCCUGUUGCCAACGAUGCCCUAGUCCAACGAAGGCUUGUAGAACGUCUACCACAUCUGCAACCGUGGGGCAGCGGGAUCGCGGCUCAAUGUCCGUGGAUCGCCUUGUCGCAACGCCAGGUGACGGUCUUCGACGAGGAGGAUGAAAAGGAGCUACGGAGAGGACGCAACAAGCGGAUGGUGGCGACGAAGAUGGGAACGCGCUGGCUGGUGCUGGUGCUGAGCGUGUUCAGCGUGUCGACACCGAUUGAGAGCAGAAGGGGAGCAGAGGGCGGGAUGCGAAGUCGAAAGGCGGGAGGCAGGAGGAGAGAAAGCGGAAGGCAGGAGAGGGAUGUAAACAGGAAGACUUUCAAUGCGCAAUCCCAAUGGGUCUAUACCCUUGCGCACACACCAGCAGCGUACAUGGGGUAUGGCCGAGUCGCAGAGUUGCUGAUCGAGAGGAAAACGGGGGCCGAACUCGAGUUGGCCAUAGAGGAAUGGGAGGACGGGAGGCGAGCGAGGCGAAAGAGCAAAGCAACUAAGUCUAACGCUACGGAACGCGAGCCGGAGACGGUGAAAGGAAAAGGCAAGGCGAAGGCAGUGCAGGUUGAAGCCGUCACCGCCAAACCAGUUGGGCAAGGCCGGUACACCCUACGUUCUCGCCUUGUCGAAAUCUCCAUCCCCGCGCCGGAGGUCGACGACCAAGGAAAUCCUGAUAGUUCCAGCGACACCGAACGCGACUCUGGAGGGACAGUCGACGCCGACGGAGAGGAAUACGCGUCGGCAGAUGAAGAGGCCUAUACAUCCAUCCCCUUCGCCCCCCUCACCGACUCUCCCAAGCCGCAUGCUCGAACAGCAACUCCGGUCUCGGCCUCCUCUACAGCGCAAGCACCACAGCAGCUUCGCGGUAGCUACUUCAUCUUACCUCCUGCCAGCUCGUCUACGCUGUCCUUCGACCGCUCGAUCGCCAAUUCCUCUUCUCCCACGUCUCCCCGGCGAGAACACGAUGGCCCGCAUGCUGGACAAACGAGGCCAACGUUUACGGACAAACCUCGAACGGCGACGGCGAAGUACUGGGCUCACACUUGUCCUGGGACCUCGGGAUGGCGUUUACAAUGGUGGUGCACAGAAGGGCCAGGUGAUGCAGGGCAAGCAGCACCGAACUCUCACAACUUAAUCGCACUCCCUUCAACACCCCGCAGGGCGCUGGCGGCGAAUUCGACAACGAGGCUUGAUGCUAAUGCGGCUGAGGGAAGGUCCUCCCCUGCCAUGCUGCGCAGUGCAUCCCUCGCCUACGCCAUUCCCCAGCCGUACAUACCCUGCGCUACCCUUCUCAACCCUCCUAUCGCCUUCAACAUGCGCUGCCCUGUACUCCGACCUCUCGCUUACGACCAGCACCCUUUAUCUCCCGUCGACGAUGACGAUGACUCGAAGCAUCCAGCUCAUCACCUCGUCCCGUCUCGCACCGUCUCGCCCUCGCGACCGUUGCCCCCGUUCCAAAGCACCUAG